AUGUUAUUGCAUUUCUUUACUUUAAUCUCGACUACAUAUUUUUCCACAGGAUCUGAAAUCGGUGAAUCUGAAUCCUUUCCUUAUGACUACCAGCGUGAAGUUUGCAAUCAAGCUGAUCUGGUGGUUUACAGACUUUUCACUCGGAAAAAUCCUGAAGAAUUUCAAUUGUUAAAACUAGACGAUUUGGAUUCGCUCAUGUCAUCAAAUUACAAUCCUAAUCUCCCUACUAAAAUUUACGCACCUGGUUGGAAUAACAACGGAUCUAUUGCCUAUCCAACGAGAGAUGAAUACUUACUACGAGAUGACUGCAAUUUUUUAAUCGUCUAUUGGUCUGAUCUUCAAUCAGAAGGCGGUGUUUUUGUAAUUCAAACCACCAUGAAAGCAGCAAACCAUACGGGGGCUUUUAUAGAUUUCUUGGUUGGGAAUGGAACGCCGCUAAGCAAUUUCCAUUUAAUUGGCCACAGUGCCGGUACUCAUCUUGCUGGAGGAGCUGGGGCUGCAGUUACUUCUGGGAAAAUUCCUCGAAUUACUGGUUUGGAUCCAGGAGACGGUCCGUUUAAUUUAAAUGAAACUGACACCCGAUUGGACAUUAGUGAUGCAGACUUUGUAGACAUUAUUCAUACAAAUGGGGGAGAUUUUAUGAAUGGAGAAAUUGCCUUUAUUGAACCCAUUGGUCAUGUGGAUUUUUAUGUUAAUGGAGGUCACAAGCAACCUGGUUGUCAGGAUCCGGAUUUUACUUGCUGCCACCAUUGCCGCGCUGUGGAUUUGUUUGCUGAAUCCAUCAACACGGAAGUUGGUUUUGUAUCGCUGCGCUGCGACUCGUACGAAACAUUUCUAAACGGAUCGUGCCAUGGAAACGACAGAGAACUUAUGGGGGACACAGUUUCGUUAAAUGCCCUUGGGAUUUACUAUUUGAAUACCAACGAUCAAGCACCUUGGGCUAUGGGAUGAAAUCUGCAAGCAUAAAAACAAAAAAUGUAAAGCCUGUUUAUCGGUUUCAGCUAUUCUUCUUUACACACGCUUAGUGAAUAUGACUUGAGACGCUAUAAAAAAAAUUAUUGCUGCGUGACAAAGUGGUGUAGCCAUUAGCAUAUAGACAUAUUAAUAAAAUAAUAAAGCGUUU